UUAAAUUUCUCCACAUUCAAAAUUUAUAAUCAGAGACGGUAUAGGUCUAUACGCAUAAUUUUUUCAAAUAUUUCAAUUUCUUUGGUCAUAGAAAGCUAUGAUAUGGCAACGCUUCUCCUCUUUACUGUUCCACUUCAGUUGUCGUUUGCUUGCAAACUCAUGUGAGCAAUGUAAAGCUUAUGGAGUCGUCAACGAAACAAUUUGAUUAUUUUACGUCAUCUCCUCGACUUGUGAUCGUUAUGACUGCUAUAGGUUUAACUGGACGGCAAAAAAGAAGAAAACUCCAAAAUCAUCUGGCUUCUGCUAAAGGGUUGUAUGAUAACGACGUAUUUGUUGAAAACCACUCUAUUUUUCUGGUUAAUGUGUUGGAAAAUGGAGAUGUGGUUCCCGGGAGUGACUUUAGUGACCAUUCAAAUAUUGACGUAAACUCUGGCAUAUCAGAAAGAGAAAGUGGAAUUAAUGGAAGUGAUUUUGAUCCAUUGAGUGAAAGCGACGGAGAAUUCUAUGUGGAAGAAAAUGUCGAAGUAACAGACAUCUUUUAUGAUUGUGAAUUUCAAGAUGAUGGUGAUGUUUUUUUUAACUGUAAAGAAGAACCAAGUGACUGUGACUUUACCAAACGUUUUGCAUCCUGGGCUGUACAAUGCAAAAUACCUCAGUGUCAUGUUGACAAAUUACUGACCCUUUUAAAGUCCUCCGACGGUUUCGACGUAACAAGUUUGCCAAGUACUUGUCGGACAAUAUUUAAAACCAUCAGAAAAACUGCUUUUAAAACGACGGGGAAAGGCAACUACUUCCAUUGUGGUGUCGAACGAGGUAUUAGAUUGAUGUUGAAAACAUUAAAUAUUAGCCGGAUACCUUCCAACUCUAUAAAAUUGUUGGUCAAUGUUGACGGAGUGCCCAUUUCGAAGAGUUCAGGAAGUCAAUUUUGGCCUAUUCUAGGUCUUAUAAUGGGGAUCCCAAAUUCAAAACCCUUUCUUAUUGGCAUUUAUCACGGCCCUUCAAAACCUGACAAUUCAAACUCUUUUGUCGAAGAUUUCACGACUGACAUGUUAGAGUUAAUACAAACAGGCAUUUCGUUCAAUGGUGUUAUCAUUAAGGUAGUACUCCAUGGUUUCGUGUGUGAUGCCCCGGCACGAGCUUUUAUUGCCUGUACUAAAACACACACUGGGUAUUUCAGUUGUUCAAAAUGCGUUGAAGAGGGGGAUUUUGAGGGCCGAAUUGUUUUUCUGAACGAAAGCGCUCCGUUAAGAGAUGACGUCAGUUUCAGAAAUAAAGAUCAGGAAGAGCAUCAUACCGGUAUAUUGUCGCGGGUGAAAAGGGAUAUUGGUUAUCUCUUCGCAGAGAUGAGUCAUCCGCUCCUUGGACAAAGCUGCGAUCGUGGUGAAGAAAUUAUCGGGAGAAGUCCGCUCCAAGAAAGUAAAAUGUUUAUCAUUGCGAAGUAUUGGAUGGGUGCUGAAAAGAAUUACUGUGAACCGGAAGUUGUACCUCAAUCCUGGUAUUGUGCUGUUUCGCAGAAAUGUUGGUGGCCACCCACUAGUAUUAGUAAUGCUACAGUUAAAAAGCUAAUCAUAAAAUCAGCAAAGUAUGAUGAAAGUACCUGGACUUCUUAUGAUGCGGAAUGUAUUGCAACAUUCAAGACUUAUGGCGCAGCAAUGAAGGAAAUUGGUAAUGCUAUUCUUGGGAAAGAAAUCGUGUCACAGAAAAGCUCUACAGAUGUUGAUGGAACCAAACGAGGUAAAGGAAAACGUAAAAGAAUGCCAUCUCGAAAAGGUAGAGCUUCAUGA